CCAUAGAAAGCAGCCUGAGGCAGGUGAGCAUGAAGAAGAGAGAGAAGUCACCGUGUCAAGUGGAGUUCUCCGAGGAGAGAGUUGAACUGGUGAACGACGGCUGCCAGCAACAGAGGCACACCUACCAGCUGCAGAACCGCGGCCCAGGUUCCGUGAGGGUACGGGCGGCCAUCGGAGCCGACAGCGACCAUGUGUUUGUUCUGCUGAGUAGCGGCGAGGAGAAGUACGUGGCUCCAGGUCUGAAGCUGCCCGUGGUCCUCCAGUACUCUCCUAAGGGAGAUGAUGAGGCCUGCCACCAUUGUGGCAGUCUGGAGGUGUUUGUCAACUCCAGUCUCUCUCUCACCAUUCCCAUCUCUGCUGUUCCUCGGAGUCCCAGACUCCACCUGAGUGAGGAGGUGGUGGACGUGGGGUGUCUGGUGACAGAGAACCAGAUCCACACCACCUCCUUCUCCCUCUCCAACCUCGGGACUCGCGAGGGAGCCUUCUUCAUCGACACCUCUCCUCUCCCUGGCUGUAUAUCCCUCCAGCCCACCACUGGCCACCUACUGCCUCUACAGUCCACUAGAAUACAGUUGGAGAUUUUGUGCAAGGAAGAAAUUGAAUUUUCCUAUGCUCUCAGGUUUGUAUUCACAACUCCAUCUUCCAUUCUACACAAAAGUAUUAAAUAGUUAUGUGCCUUCAUAUGCAAAUUCUUACUGGGAGCAAUCCUAAUGGAUAGAGAUGUACAGUUCAACUUCACUUGUGUACCAUCAAUGUACCCUCCCCCUCAGAAUCAGUACGUCAGCUCCACCCACUGCUGUUGACACUCCAGCUGCUAAUACUGGUGGUGAGGGUGAGGAAGAGGAGAAGGCAGCUCCCUCUCUCCUCCUGACAGUGUGUGGGAGACUGGAGUCCAGAGCUCUCAGAGUCCUGGACCCUCUCUCCCUCUCCUCCCUCCCCUCCCUCUCCUUCCCACCCACCUACUAUGACACAACUACCUCCAGACAAGUUAUUCUGUUCAACGAGAGUCCAGUGUCCACUGACUACCUGUGUCUCCUGGACAAGAGAGCCCGAGGGAGUGGGGUGGGCGGGGCAGAGGGUGUGGCCAUGGCCCUCACGGAGGGAGGUCCCGGCCAGGAGAGGUGGAGGGAACAGGGCUCCACUCCUCCUCACGAGUCUAUCAUAUCUGUCCUUCCUUCUCAGGGUACUCUGCUGCCUUAUGAGAAGAGGAAAUUGGAGCUGACCUUUGCUCCCAGGUUCGUUUCCUCUGACAGUGGGUGGAGCCACUUCCAGGCCACACCCACCAGACGUGACUACACACUCUACCUUCGCUUCCUUGCCGUUGACACCAACAGAGAGUCAACAGCCUCUGGAGGUGACCUUGAGGUGGCAGUGUGUGCAACUGCUCUACCAGUGGACGUACAGCUGGAGCCCAGCCCUCCAUUACAGUUUGGAGCCACUCCCACCAUGUCCCCCAUCACCCAGCAUGUCAAGGUCCACAACAAGUCAGACACACUCCCUCUCUACUUCACCACUCACCGUGUCCCUCACUACACUUGUCACCCUCCCUCCGGGCACAUCCCACCCUCACACACCCUCUCCCUCUCCCUCACCUUCACUCCAAAGCAGCUCGGACCACUCAAUGCCAGACUACUCAUCGACAUUCUGACCUCAGACUCCAGAAGUGAGUAAGAGAGAGGAGGAUAGUGAAGACACUGUGGUGGAUCUGAGAGGAGAUAGGAGUGUAGUCCAGG